AUGGUAGACACGUAUUCAAAUACACAGCCCGACGCGCUUCAAGAGGCGGCCACCUCGUCAGACUUGUUUGAUCACACUAGCCGCCUACCCGUCGAGAUACUUGAUCAGGUCUUCCUAUGGACGCAUGCACUAUACGUAACAGAUAAUGGAGCCACCGUGAUGCCCAAUUGCGCAUAUCUGUCUCACGUGUGCCGACGAUGGAGGGAGGUUGCCUUACGGUGCCAGACGCUCUGGUCGGACGUUGUCCGUCCAACAUACGAGGCCACACAGUUCUGCCUCGCUCGUUGCCCCACGCAUCCCCUCAAUCUCUUCAUCGGGUCGCGCUAUACACAGGUCGACGACGACUCAGAGACGUAUCGCGAGGCGGUGGACCUGGCGUUCACCGUUGUCCAACGAGCCGAUGCAAUCAGAGUCAGAUUGGACGUUACGCGCGGACCGCCUCUCGACCUCGCGGGGGCGUUGACGUUCUGGAACCAUAUAUUCGGUCUUAAAGCGCUUCUGAGUCGUAUUGACCCUUUCCCUGCACGCGAGCUCGAGAUCGAGUACGGGUCAGAAACCGGUGACACCUUCAACAUCGACGGACUGUUGCAGCACUCUCCUCGGAGGCUCGCUGUAGCGCACUUGUCUGGUUGUACCACGACAAUGCCACGAGAGUUUUCCUCGACACAUCUCCGAGAGCUUCGACUCCACAAUAGCGUUCUUUGGCACGACGUGGAUGAAUUGGUUGCCUUUUUGCAAGCUGUACCUCUCUUGGAAACUCUGGAGUACUCAUACGAUCAAAAUCGGCACACGGACAUGGUUUAUUCUCCCCCUUCCGACUCCCUUCCUGAGGUCACCCUCAAGUACCUUCGGCAUGUCAACCUUCGAAGCUUCUGGCGCGAGGAUGUCAUGAUUUACACCGUACUGCGCCAUUCUCCCAGGAUGAACGCUUCCAUCGCGCCUCGCGCCUCACAUGAACGUGCCAUCGACACAACCCAUCUCGGGCUCCUCGAGCAUGCAGGCGAUAGCCUGAUCAUGCUCAUGUAUGCAUUCCGUGAAAGAUAUUACGAGACCCCUCUCUCCUGCAUGACAGUCGGCCUUGACAUAUCCUUCCACGCCGAUGGUCGUGGUGUAAACGUCCGAUACCUAUAUGUUACCAGAGCACCCGAGUUGGGGAAACUCCAGUAUCUUCAACAACGUGUGCAAGGACGUCUCAAAAGCGGGCCACCCCUCUCGCUGGAUGUGUGCCUGCCACAGGAUAUGAAGUUGAUGGACAAUGCCGCCGAUCGGUUUUCCAUGCUCGUACGGGGGGUCACUAGCGCAGACUGCCGGCCCCAUAUACUGCGCUUCGACGGGAACCUGGCCACCUUCGACAUCGCACUUCUCUCCGUGAUCACACGGGCCACAAUCUCGCUCGUCUUGAGCCAGCUCAGCGACAUGCGAGCGCUCAUUGCUAUCCUCCCCGAUCUACCGCUCGCCCGCGCUUUUCGUCACCUCGUAUCCAUCGAGAUCACUAUCGACGACUUGCCAGAACAUCCGGCAGUCCUGCACGAACUCUCAAAAGCGCUGCAAGACGCGGAUGCAUCAUUAUCCAAGCGUGCGAGGCUGUUCUGGCACCCGCGGGCUCGUGAAGUGCUUCAUCCUCCCUCAUGCGGUCAUGCUACUGGGUUCUACACAUCGGCCUCACGAUGGCACGGUGAACUCGGAAGCACUGUCAAUGCGUCGGAUGGCUUGGCGAACACAGGCGCCGAACUCCCUCCCAUCCCGGACUACGUGCGCCUACUACCUCCGCAGACGGAUGACACGGUGGUGCACGGUCCGCCUCUCGAGGGACCCAAGGUGACCACCUCACUCCGACCGGUGACAAACCCGGAGGUGAGGGCAAAGCCUGGGAAGAGGCCGAAGUGGAAGCCGGCCGGCGGCGCGCAUCGCGGUCGAGGGCGUACACAAUGGACCAAGAAGUCAAAGCUGGCCGCUCUCAUCAGCUCCCGUGUGUCGCCGAAGAGGUUUUGGAGCACGUACAAACGGCUACUGGAUCCGCGGCGGAGAGCACCGAAGGUCUCUAUCACGGGGUUGCUGGCUACGUUCAAGAAACGCAUGAACAAGCCCAGCGUCCCGCACCCAACGUUCAACCGGUUCGCACAGGUCGCCGCGCACGCUGAGGCACAGAACCUCGCCGCCGUCACACCGCUUAUUGCUCCGGACGAUACAUUCACGAGGCCCUUCACAGCAGAGGACAUUGCGUCGGUUAAAGCGGAUAUUAAGGAUGGUGCGAACUCGGGUGCGCCCGGCUUCGACGGGGUACGGAAGUCCCUCUUCAUGGACAUGGACAAUGAAGCACUCGCAGCCCUCCUGAACGAAUGUGUCGCCCGCCAAGAUGCGCCCUCCGUGUGGCUGAAGACCGUCAUCGUCGGUAUCAUGAAGAAAGGUCUGCCGGAGCACGAUCCCAACAGCUACCGCACGAUUGGGCUGGAGUGCGUCGUACUAAAGGUCAUGACCCUGCUCAUACACAAGCGCCUAUAUGCGUGGGCGGAAGCCAAUAACAUCCUCCCGCCAGCGCAGAACGGCUUCCGGCACGGGUUCCGCACGAACAACAACGUCUUCAUAAUGCGAACGAUCCUGGAGAAGUACCGACCCUCGAAACAACCGGUCUACGUCGCGUUCAUAGACAUAAGUAACGCCUUCCCGUCCACAGACCGCGAUAUCCUCUUCGUGAAGCUACAGCGCAUGGGCUGUGUCGGGCCGGUUGUAGAUUGGCUGCGGCGCCUCUAUAAGGACAUGGCCUACGUCGUACAGCUAGAGGGCGCUUACUCGGAAGAGUUCAGCUCAGACAUCGGCGUCCUCAUCGGCGACCCCUCAUCCCCUACGCUCUGGAAUCUCUUUCUCUCAGACUUCUGCCCGCCGGAGGACGAACAGGACCCAAUCAUCGCGGGCGUCCGGAUGCCGAUUCUCACCCAUGCAGACGACAUGGUAGGGAUGAAGCUCGGGGAUCGGGGCAUGCAAGCACUGCUGUCUUAUGUCGGCAGAUACAGCUCGCGCAGCCAGGUCGUAACGAACGCCAUCAAGACGAAGAUGCUGUGCGUCGGCCCGAUCCCCAAGCACCCAACGACGUUCCACCUCCAGGGUAUCCCCAUCCAGUACGUCACCGAGGCAGACUACAUCGGCAUCCCAUGCUGCACAACGGUGAAGGACUUCUUCGACCUCGUCUACGAACGAGCCGCCGCUCGGGCCAACUGGGCGGCACUCGCGAUCACCGGUGCUAGAUCGGUUGUAGGUCGCCUACGACCGGUCGACGCUAAAACGCUCUACGACGCGCGGGUCGAUUGCUACCAGAUCCUGGCGGCGGACGUCGUGCCAGACAUUGGUUCGAAGAUAGAUGCGCUCGAGAAGAUUCAACAGGCCUUCGCAAGGCGGGUCCUCGGACUACGAAAGCGGUCGCUCAUCAUCCCGCUCUACACGGAACUCGGGAUGGUGCCGAUCCGGUACAGGCGCCUGAAACUUGCGCUUCGCUUUCUGCGCUACGUCGUCACGCAGCCCGCAGGACGCUACGUGCGACUGGCCAUGCAGGAGGCGAUACAGAUGUUCGAUGCCGGCAUCCCAGGCUGGCUGGGGGACCUGCGCCACGCCCUCCUGCGCCUCCCUCACCCUGUCGAGCUGCCGAAGAACACCCGCACGCUGUGGAACCCCGCUACCGCAGAUGACCUCAUACGGUCGGUGGACGCUUCCCUGCAUGCGGAGCUGCAAGACGCGAUCAUGACAUACCCGCGUCUCUACCUACUGCGGGACCGCACAGAGCCGCAGAAACGGGGUCGCCCUACGAAGCCUGUCUUGCAACUGAGGCACUACCUCAUUAGCAUUACGGACGACGACGAGCGUAUUGCGCUCACGAAACUGCUCGUCAGCGAUCACCCAUUCGCCCUGGAGCAGUUCCGCUGGUCGUCGACGCGCAACGGGAUCGAGAGACUGAAGGUCGCCAGGGAGGACCGACUGUGCCGACUAUGCGGCCUAGCAGUCGAGUCCCCGGAGCACGCGCUGCUCGUCUGCGAGGGCGUACAGGAGCUCAUAGACGCACGGAAGGCAUUCGCAGAACAAGUGCGCGUUGCCUGUCCAGACUUCGUCAACAGCUUGCCCUCGCUAGAUGCCGAGACGGUGCUCGUGGCCCUUAUCUCUACGGCGGAGGUUGCGGUGCUUUUAGGUGCUUUCACGAAGACAGUUUUCAAUAUCUACGACUCCUAUGCGCUCGAGUGGCCCACGUUAUACACUAGACGUGUAAAUAGGGGGAGUGAAGUUGUUGAGGAAUAA